CAGCACGUUUCAAACGACCAUCGGGUUCGCUGUGUCGCUCUGCAGCUCAUCGACACUAGUGAUGAUCGCGAACUAUAUAAAGUCUCGCCCGAUGCUUACGUUGGGGUUAAAAACUUUGCCAGCAUAAUUAAUUAUCUCACUUCUGACUUCAAGCGCUGAAGCAUAAAGACAUUCCUGUACUGCCACGUCGCAGCAGACUCUCACCGCCAUCAUGUCCUCAUCUAAAAGACUGUUCUCGCUGAACCCUUCAUUUCACCACUAUCUAGCGUUAUCUACCGGAACACUCGCCGUAUUGGCAGGGAUACUACAUUAUAUAAUUUCUGGCCGAGCGGAUCCACUGCAUUGCAAUUCCUUGCUUACUAGAGGUACCUGGUUGGAUGAGAACCACCGGAACUGGCAACCUGAUGGUUGUAUGCUACACACAUACCAGUCGAAGGAUACCACGUCUUGCCUUGCUUCCAGACGCGUCGUUUUUAUCGGUGACUCCCUCCCUAUUACUCCUCCUGAUGACGACCAUAAGCAUUCUAACUAUUCGUUCACUUCAGAUUCAGUAACAAGACUGGAUUUUUUCUGGGAUCCGUAUUUGAAUACAUCAGGCACUCUUUCUCUCGUUCAUGGUCACCUGCCUUCUCCUGGCGUCGAUGACCGUCCUGCUAUACUUGUCCUAGGUUCGGGCUUGUGGUACUUGCGUUAUGCCACUACCGGUGGUCUCCCUGCCUGGGAAGCGAAUAUGGAGAGUCUUUUGGAGUCUGUCUCUGCAGCACAGAGAAAGCCGGCAGAUGAGGUGAUAAUCCUUCCCGUGGAGGACAUUGUAUCUUCAAAACUGUCUCCUGAACGUGCCGAAACCAUGCACUCCUCAGAUGUAGAUGCGAUGAACUCGGACCUCCACCAUCGCAUCAAUCCUCCAUCACCUGCUAUCUAUUCCAUAUUCUCCAGCUCCCCCGCGGCUUUACCCGUUUCUUUACCCCUUGUUUUCAAUAAGAUGCUUGACGACGCUAGCACACAAGAUGGACUACAUUUCUCAGACGACAUCGUGAAAGCGCAUGCCAACAUCCUCCUUAAUUUGCGUUGCAAUCAUGUGUGGCCAAAGACGUCCCCUUUCGACAAGACAUGUUGCCGCGCUUACCCGUUGCCGUCGUUCUUGCAGCUUGCUAUCAUAGCAGCUGUCGUGGUGUACGGACCAGUCAUGUGGUAUCUUGCGUACACUCGAAAUCCGACCAAAAGUAUCUCCUUCGCAGGCGAAUACAGACCAGCUGUUGUUUUCGGUUUAUCCAUCGGCCUGAUCUUUAUCGCUGAUCGAACUGGCUUCUGGCUGAAAGAACAAAAACAAUUCAACCCGUGGACAUUUGGAUUUCUCAUGCUAUGCUCUCUCGCGGCGGGGCUGACAACGGUGAAGCGUGCGGACAAAGAUAUGGGCUUCCUAAACCGUGAUCAAACCGAUGAGUGGAAGGGGUGGAUGCAAGUCGCAAUCCUUAUAUAUCAUUACUUGGGGGCAUCCAAGAUUUCUGGAAUCUACAAUCCUAUUCGAGUGCUGGUCGCGGCAUAUUUGUUCAUGACUGGUUACGGUCACACAACCUUUUAUAUCAAGAAAGCCGACUUUGCCUUUCUGCGUAUUGCUCAGGUAUUGGUUCGCCUAAAUCUUCUAACGGUAGUCCUGGUAUACACCAUGGACGUCAAUUACCUUUCGUACUAUUUCUCGCCCCUCGUCUCGAUGUGGUUUCUCAUCGUGUACGGGACAAUGGCGAUAGGCUCGCAAUAUAACGAUCGCAUGCCAUUUCUAUUAUCGAAGAUUGCGAUCUCCAUGGGCAUGUUCACGUGGUUCAUGACUGAGACGUGGAUACUAGAUACCGUAUUCGCGUUUCUGGAGCAGAUAUUCAGCAUCCAUUGGUCCGCCCGUGAAUGGAGUUUCCGGGUAGUUCUUGACCUGUGGAUCGUGUAUUUCGGGAUGCUUCUGGCAAUUGCUGUAAUCAAGAUCCAAGCAUAUCGACUCACCGACCAUCAUCUUUGGCCCAUGGCGGAAAGCAAGUUCACCUAUAACGCAUGGCAUCGAUAUAUAUCAUUCUUGCCCAUCGUAGCAUCCAUCACUCUCAGGAACGCAAGUCCUUCCCUUCGUUCAUGCAGCUCUCGAGCUUUCGCUUUUAUCGGCAGAUGUUCCUUGGAGACAUUCAUUAUCCAGUAUCAUCUAUGGCUCGCAGGUGACACGAAGGGUGUUCUUGUCCUUCUUCCUGGAACACGCUGGCGUCCAAUAAACUUCGUAAUCUCCACGAUCAUAUUCAUCUACAUCUCCAAUCAUGUUUCCCAUGCCACAGGAGAGCUUACAACGUGGAUAUGUGGAAACAAGGAAAGUUCACUUCCCACUUCAACUCGCAACGUCACCCGCCACACGGCGUCGUCAGGUUCCAGCGCAGAAUCUGUUCCCCUCGCCACUGACGUCCAAAGUAAGGAUGGCGACAGUCAUCCCGUAAAACCUGAUUCACCCGUGCGACCCACAAGGCGGUGGGUGGAUAGAUUAGCUGAUGGGACGUUGCCACAGCGUGAGCCAGGCUACAAGGUGUGGUACAAAGAGUCAGGUUGGAUACCCGGAGUAAAAGCCAAGUUGGUGGUAUGGAUCGGAGUGAUGUGGCUGGCUAACUCAUUGUGGGCAUCAACAUAGCAUGGUACUACAUAUCCAUCUGGACUCAACACUAACACGUCUUGGC